GCAAAAUAUAUCCAUUUCCCGCUCGCUCUUUAAAAAUAUUAAAAUGGCUUCCGAUCAUGCGAACGAAACUGUAUUAAAAGAACCACCAAAAGACACUAUCUCGUCUGUUAAAUUUAGUCCUGCAUCAUCAAAUUUCUUGUUCGUGACAUCUUGGGAUUGUACAUCACGUUUGUAUGACGUCAAUAACAAUAGCCAACGACUAUGUUUUGAGCAAGAAUCAGCUGUUCUGGAUUGUUGUUUUACUGACUCAACGCAUGGUUACUCAGGUGGUCUUAACAAAAAUUUAAAAUGGUAUGAUUUUAAUACAUCAGAAGAAUCUGUUAUUGGUUUACAUCAAGCACCAAUCAAAUGUGUAGAAUUCUGUCCUGAGCUAGGGAUAUUAGUGACUGGUAGUUGGGAUCAAACAGCUAAAUUAUGGGAUCCUCGAUCAAAGAAAUGUAUUGGUACAUACGAUCAAAAUGAAAGGGUGUACACAAUGGCGUUGUCUGAAGAAAGACUUGUAGUUGGAACAGCUGGACGUAAAAUUAUGGUAUGGGAUCUAAGAAAUAUGAAUGUUGUUCAACAGCGAAGGGAAUCCAGCCUGAAAUUUCAAACGAGAUGUAUUCGAACCUUCCCCAAUAAACAAGGCUACGUUCUUAGUUCGAUUGAAGGGCGUGUCGCAGUUGAAUAUUUUGAUCCUAGCCCAGAAGCACAAAAACGAAAAUACGCGUUUAAAUGCCAUCGAGUAAAAACAGAGGGAGUUGAAUAUAUCUAUCCAGUGAAUGCCAUCGCGUUCCAUAGUGGUUACAAUACUUUUGCUACUGGUGGCUCAGACGGAUUUGUCAAUGUAUGGGAUGGCUUCAAUAAAAAAAGAUUAUGCCAGUUUCACCGUUAUCCAAGUAGUAUAUCGUCGCUUAGCUUUUCCAACGAUGGAAGUAUUUUAGCAAUCGCUGUCUCGUACUUGAACGAGGAAGGCGAGAAAGAGCAUCCUGACGAUGCAAUAUAUAUCCGUCAAGUAUCAGAUGCAGAAACAAAGCCGAAGUGAAGUUCAAAAAAACAUCACGAAUAAUUUCGUGCUUGGUUGACGUAGUGUCACUUCUAAAUUCUGAACAGUACAUCAAUGGCAACGAACAUUUUUUUAUUGUAAAUAUGUAUUUUUUUUGGUAAGUAAAUUUCGUGUUGAAAAUAAUAUAAAUGUUCUUUGUUUUGUA